AAAUCACUGAAGAAAAACGUGUGCAGGUACGUGGGUUUAGCAGGUCGAUAUAUCGAGCAGCUUGAGCUAGCUUCAGCCAGUAGCAGCAGGCAGGAUCGCAGUGUGUGCGUGCUCUGGCUGAUCCUACAGCUGCGUGCUGCUUCAGAACUCCAUGCUUCGCAAUGGACGACCAGCAACUAGCCCAGCUGGAGCUGGUGUGCCAGCAGUUCUACGAGUCGAUGGACCUGGUGGUCCGCUCCGAGGCAGAGAAAGCUCUGGUCACCUUCUCUGAGAGCCCCGAGUCUCUACCACAGUGCCAGUUCAUAUUGGAGAGAUCCCAGAGUCCAUUUGCCCUCCUGCUGGCAGCCUCAACCCUGACUAAACUGGUGACACGAAGUACUGCCAACCUGUCAAUUCAGGACAGACUGCAGCUGAGGAGCUAUGUACUACAGUACUUGGGAAGUAACGUGUAUUUAGCACCAUACGUCACACAAGCUCUGGUCCAGCUGAUAGCCCGUAUCACCAAAGACGGAUGGUUCAACGGAGACAAGAAAGGGUUCGUCUUCAGAGACAUCCUCGACGAAGUGGGGAAGUUUCUCCGAGGGUCAGUGGAGCACUGUGUGGUGGGUGUUCAGAUCCUCCACCAGCUGGUGCUGGAGAUGAACCAGUCGGAGUCCAUGAGGUCACUGGCCAAACACCGCAAGGUUGCCAGCUCAUUCAGAGACGAGUCUCUCUUCGACAUCUUCACCCUCUCCUGCACCCUCCUCCGCCAGAUCAAUGUCAGAGAUGACACUCAGAGCUCUCUCAUCAGCUGGCUACUGAAGCUGUCCUGUGCCUGUCUCUCCUUUGACUUCAUUGGAACCUCGACUGACGAGUCAGCAGACGACCUAGCUACAGUCCAGAUACCCACCACUUGGAGAUCCAUAUUCCUGGAUAGCCACACCCUCCAGCUGUACUUUGACCUCUUCCACAACCUCAGCUCGGAGCUGGCUGCCAUGUCCCUGACGUGUCUUGUCCAGCUGGCCAGUGUGCGUCGCUCUCUCUUCACCAACACCGAGAGAGGAACGUUCCUGGCUGAACUGGUGAAGGGGGUGCGCAGCAUUCUGGAACAGCCACAGGCCCUGGCAGACAGUGAGUGCUACCACGAGUUCUGUCGUCUGAUGAUGAGACUCAAGUCCAACUACCAGUUGGGGGAGCUGAUGAGAUUAGAGGAGUAUUCUCGACUGAUUGAGCUCAUCGCCAAAUUCACCAUCUCCAGUCUUCAGUCGUGGCAGUUCUCGGCCAACAGUAUCCACUAUCUGCUGGGGUUCUGGCAGAGACUAGUCGGCUCCGUUCCCUACAUCCGCUCCACAGAGCCACACCUACUUGACACGUACAUGCCUGAGAUCACGAGUGCCUACAUCACGUCACGACUGGAAGGCCAUGGAGUCUGUCGUCAGGGACAACCUGGAGAACCCUCUUGACGACAACACAAUUGUCUCCCAGCAGCUGGACCAGAUGGCCACCAUCGGACGGUGUGAGUACAGUAAGACAUGUCAGCUGCUCAUCUCCCUGUUUGACACCUCGGCCAGUGUCUACCAGAGCCUCAUGCAGACCUCCUCCCGCCCGCCCCAGGAGCUGGCUCUGAGAGAGGGCCAGCUGACCUGGCUGGUCUACCUCAUUGGCUCUGUCAUUGGAGGCAGGAUCUCCCACACUAAUGCUGAUCACUAUGACUCCAUGGACGGACAGCUCGUCUGCAGAGUCCUGCAGCUGAUGAACAUGACUGACCUCCAUCUUCCCCAACACGGCUGUGAACAUCUCGACAAGGCCUUCCUCCACUUCUUCGAGAAGUUCAGAAUGGUCUACGUCAGCGAGGUCGUGGUCCAGAAGACGUCCAAGGUGUACCAGCCCCUCGCGGAGCAGCUGGGAAUCAAUGAUGAGUCGAUGCUCCUCAACGUCUUUGUUAGGAAGAUAGUGACAAACCUCAAGUGUUGGAUAUCCAGUAGUGUCAUAACCAACAAGACCCUCCAGCUGCUCAACGACCUCUCGGUCGGCUACAGUAGUGUCAGGAAACUAGUCAAACUCAACACCAUUCAGUUUAUCUUGGAGAACCACACGCCCGAACAUUUCCCAUUCCUGAGUGUAACCCACGGCAACCUGGACACACGAUGUCGUACGUCGUUCUACACGGCUCUCGGGAGACUGUUGGUGGUUGAGUUGGGAGAUGAUGAGGACAAGUUCUCCUCCUUCAUCAGACCCAUGACCACUGCGGCAGAGAACAUUCGUCAGAUGUUCAGUCAGCAGCAGAUGGGUGGGAUGGUCAGUGAGGAGGAGCUGAGGAGAUCGCUGGUCGGCCUGUGUCGAGACGUGCGGGGAGUCGCUCUUGCCUUCCACUCCAGAAACACAUACAUGCUCCUCUUUGACUGGCUUGCCCUCAGCUACCCUACAUACAUAGAGCUGCUGCAGAGGGCCCUCACUCUGUGGUACCACGACCCCACAGUCACCACUCCUGUUCUCAAGCUGAUUGCCGAGUUGGUCCUCAACCGCUCACAGAGACUGCUGUUUGACGUGACGUCACCCAACGGAGUCCUCCUCUUUAGAGAGGCCUCCAAGUCAAUGGUCUCCUAUGGAGAGAGGGUCCUCAGCAUUUCUGACAUUCCUCCCGACAAGGUCUACCCUCUCAAAUUGAAGGGUGUGGCCAUCUGUUUCAACAUGCUGAAAGCGGCUCUCUGCGGUAACUACGUCAACUUCGGAGUCCUCCGUCUCUAUGGCGACACGGCUCUAGACAAGGCUCUGGACAUGUUUGUCAAACUCCUUGUCUCCGUCCCUCUCAAGAACUUACUGGACUACCCAAAGGUGAGUCAGGCGUACUACGGGCUGCUGGAGGUGCUGACUCAGGACCACAUGGACUUCAUCAGUGGUCUGGAGCCGUCAGUCUUCACGUACCUCUUCUCCUCCAUCUCUGAGGGCCUCACCGGACUGGACAACAUGGUGUGCACCGGGUGCUGCAGCACUCUGGACCACAUCCUCACCUUCCUCUUCAAGAAACUGAGUCGGCAGAAGGGGGGAAUGUCGCCGAGCCCCACCACUCCAUUCCUGAGGAUUCUGGACCUGAACCCCGGGCUCCUCCAGGGAAUGCUGUCCUCCAUCAUGAACAUUAUCAUGUUUGAGAACUACAGGAACCAGUGGUCCAUGUCCAGACCUCUCCUCGGUCUCAUCCUCCUCAAUGAAGAGUAUUUCAAGAGUCUGAGGGAGAGAGUGAUAGCCAUGCAGCCAGCUGACAGACAGCCUGCCAUGGCACAAUGCUUUGACAACCUCAUGGACAAAGUGGAGAGAAACCUCCAACCACGUAACAGAGACCUGUUUACCAAGAACAUGUCAGUGUUCCGUAGAGAUGUGAGUGUGUCACUGAGAGACGUGGCACCCCAGACGUCCUCACAGACUCCCACUACCACCACCACCACCACCACCAGCGACAUGAUGGUCUAGCUCUCUCCCAGCCAGCCAGCAAGACUGUUUGUGACAUCUCCACUUAUAGGCAAUCAAUUCUUUCACCCAACACAUCACACACUCACUCUCUUUGUUCAUCAGCCACUGCCACAGUGCAGUACAACAGGUCACUUCACUGCUCCCUCCUCUUCCUCCUUCUCUCUCACCAUCCAUACAUGGCUUUUUCCGUUUGCAUUGUCUGUCUUUAAUCAAACCAGAGGUGAAUCUAUUAACUGAGAAUGAAACUGAGUAUAUAUAUAGGGGGGUAGGGGGGUAGGGGCUCUGAGGUAUAAAAUGAAUUUGUAGGAUAAAGUAAUAGAGAAAGUUAGUGACACAGGUCGGGCUCUGAUUUUGAUAUAGGGUGGUAUGUUACAUGAAAUUUAAAAAAAACCAACCUAACUACAAAUGCAACCCAAGUGAUUGGUAGAAAGUACUGACAGUCAGAGUCCUAGUGAGUGUGUUGGGGUCCAGGGAAGAACUGGAGACGAGCCAGGAGCCAGAGGUGGUCGGAGGGCAGGAGGCUGUGAGGUUGGGGUCCCAUCUUCCUCAGACUCCCUGGACUAAUGAGACUCUGUCGCCCGAGCAGACAGAACCCCGGCUGUCUGUAGUCCUCUUGAUUGAAGGGGCUGCGACGGUUGGAGGAAGUCAUCAAGAAAGAGGUAGGGGUGUAGUGGAUGUAGUCCACCAUCUCAGAUGCCUUCAGAUGGUAUGUUGUGACUGAUUUGGGACUACCACCAGACGUAGGUCGAGCUGAAUGAACACCAGUGAAACUAUGGGCAGGAGGGCUGGGUUGAGCACUGGUAGUAGCGGUGACAUCAGACGAGGGAUGAUUAGAGGAGCCAUGACCAGACGGGGGUCUUUGUGAAGAACGGCGACGAGAGGGGGGAUGGGGAGAAAUAGGCAGAGAUAAAGAUGGUACCGUGGAAGAGAAUGGAGUCGAGGCCAGGGCGAGCGGGGUUGUCGUCUGAGGCAGAGAGAAGGCGACAUUCCCGACUGAUGGGGACCUCAGGAGGCAGGAGAGGUACCGGGAUUGGCUCUCUCUGUGAGGAGUCUCUGAAGUGGUACCCGGCUACCUGGUCCCUCUUGAGUCCAGAGUAGGCGCAGCACGCCAUUCUCCAGGAACCGCAGCAGAGGAGAGGAUGGGAGACUGUUCAGGUCCCCACACACGAUGCAAGCGAGGCGGGGCUCGCCGGAAGGGGGCGUGGCAAGCCGGUCCAGCUCGGCAAGGAGGCAGACCAUCUGUGCCAGUUUCACCUCCCCUGCCUUGGGGUUGAAGAGCAGGUGGGUGGUGGCGAGGCAGAACGCCGCGGACCUUUGACCGGAGACUGGGAUCUCAAACUUUGCCACUAGUCCAACGUUGUCUCUGUCCAGGACCUUGACUCUCCUCUGGAACUCCACUGGUCUCCAGUCCAGCAGCUUCAGUCGAGAGCUGUUGUAGAACACUGCACAGCCAUCAGUGUUCUCUCCCGUCCUCUUCUUGUACAGUCCACCGUACCCUGAGACAGUGAGAACAGAGAAAGAGAACACUUUAAUGUUGGCUAGCACUAGUGGAACGAAAAGCCCAUUUAUGUUAGUAUGUCAGCUGCACGUGUUUGAAUUAGGAAAGCCAGCACAUUGUUGUUAGUUGCACUGCCAGCAGUAUAAGGAUAGUCUCAACCACAACCAGCACUGUCGCCUGAGAAUGCUUUUGCAAGUGUCAUGUGUGAAGACAAAACUUUACUUUUAUGCCUAAAUUUC